AUGGCCAGUCACGUGGGUUGCAGUAGUUGCAUUGGCUACAAGGUACUGAGAUUGUUCCCAACUAAACAACAACAAGUUGAAGUGCUGAAAAACCUGGCUGAGGCUUAUGACCCUGAGAUUCACGAAUACAUGAAAUAUCUGGCAUCAGAAUAUCCCAAACUAGCUUCUACCUUUUCUAUUGGAAAGUCUUUUGAAGGUCGAGAUCUUCUUGUCCUGAAGAUCACCACCUAUAAGAGUUCUAAGAAGCCUAUUAUCUGGAUAGAUGGCGGUACUCAUGCUCGGGAAUGGAUCACUCCCUCCAGCGCUCUCUACAUUGCCACGAAGCUGUUGAACGAUUAUGAGAUAGAUGCUAAUGUUACAAAGCUCAUGAAUCCUGAUGGUUACGAAUACAGCCACACCACAGACCGUAUGUGGAGAAAAACUAGAUCAUGGACCAUAUCACUACUUGGAUGUAGAGGAGUGGACCCUAACCGUAACUGGUCAUUCAAAUGGAACC